GAUGAUGUGUUUUGUCAAGUGAUGUUUUCUUUACACAACAGAGUAGCACUGGCAGCUCCAGACGGCGCUUAGCUAGCAGACUGUCGUAAUUAAAAAGGCAUUGGCUGUAGUUUUACUGUAAACUAACAUUAGCAUAUUUAGCAUAUUUUACUCGCUGGUUCAGCACAAGCGAGGCAAACUGUAUUGGCUGCAUUUCAAUGGAGACUCUGUCAAAAACACCCGCUGCAGAUGCUACGCGGGAGAAGGUGUUCUGUCCACCACCACCACCCAGCGGAGUAGUAUCUGACAGCCUGUCACUCCCAUCUUAUAAAGAGUAUCCUGUUCACCGUCCCUUCAUCGACACACUUGUGCAUCACACACCUCAAACACGCACACAUCAGUCAUGUCGCCCAUCAUCACCUGGCAAGGCAUUCCCAGAGACCAGUAGUGCAGCGAUCUUAUCUGCCUUGAGGAACCUCCAGGAGAAGAUCAGGAGGUUGGAAUUGGAGAAAGGACAUACAGCGCUCAGUAUGCACACUAUGGGGAAAGAUGCAUCACACACACAUCUGCAGAGCAAUAAAGUCACACAGAGACUCUUAAAUGAUCAGACAGACACAGAAAGAGAGAUGAGUGGCCAGUCCAACUGCAACCAAGUGUUGAUCACCCACCUGGCUGCUGCAGAGUCUCGCUGUGUGAAGCUGGAGCGACAGCUGGAUCACAUGAGGAGGAUGUUGCGCAAUGCCAAGGCAGACAGGACCAGCCUGCUCAAACAGCAGGUUUCCAUGGAGACAGCCAAGUCAGCUGAUCAGCAGUCUGACACAGUGUCUGAGCAUGCCCAGUUGGAGAAGCUGGAGCGACUGGAGCAGGAGUGUCUUCGGCUGACACGCACACAAAACAACGCCGAGAUGAAGAUUCUGGAGCUGGAUAUGAAACUACAGGAGGAGGAGCACCAGAGAAAGCUGGUCCAGGAUAAGGCCAAUCAGCUACAGACAGGUUUGGAGGCCAAUAGGAUACUGCUGCAGUCAGUGUCACCUUGCCUGUCCACCAGACAGUCCAAAGAGAAGAAGUCCAAUUCAAAGAAAUCUUCACCACAGCAGUCGUCAUACACACAGCCACACUAUAGACUGAGCCUCAGAGAUGUACCUUUUGUUGCUGGAACGUCAGUAGGCUGCAGCCACUCAGUCCGAGCAAACGUCCAGUCAGUUUUGUCUCUUCUGAAGCGACACCAGCCACACCUAUGCAACAGCCAUGUCCUCUCUAACAGUUAUGAGACAGGUAGUCGCAGGCAUUCAGACAGUUCCUCUUCUUCCUCCUCCGCUUGUGGGGAGGAGCUAUCAGAGCUGCUGCAAGCACUACAGGAGGAGCUGCGACUCAUGAGCUUGGAGCAGGACGAGUUGAUGAGGCAGGUGGAGGUCAGUGUUUCUGAACAGGAAAGAAAAGAACUUCAGAGGGAGCAAGAGAGGCUGCUGCUGAAAAUGGAGAGGAAAGGAGAGCAGAUCAGUAAGCUCUACAAACACAAAACACAGAUAAAGAAGUUAAGAAAGGAGGCUACUUCUAGGAGGAGCAGUGGGAAUGAGGUGAGAGUUAGUACCACAGUGUCCACUAGAGGUCGCUCUACUGGAGCAGUCAAAGUCAGACCAGGAGAGAGAAGCAAGAAGAACCUGAGGCUGCUGAGGGACAUGAAGGCUCUGCAGACCUCAUUACGGACCUGAAACCCACCAGGACAUGGACACAGCACAUUAGGUUAAUCUUGUUGGUGCUAUCUACCUACCUAUGACCAUUAUUUCAGCAUCAACAAAGCAACUGACUGAUGAUCACUACAGAAUAUCGCAGAUCAGCCUAUCUAAAACAAGUGUCUGUUCAUGAACGUAUUACCUAUGAUCCAUUGAGAAAAAAAAAACAAUUUUUACUGUAUUACGAACAUUGUAACACAUCUAAAAAAAGACUGUGUGUUUUAAACCAGAACUAAGUUUUCUCUACCAGUCCACCAGAAGUGCAUUUUAUCAAAACAAGUAAAUUUGUUGUCUGACUAGUCAUCUUGGUGUCAAAUGACUGUUUUAAAGAGAGGGCUUUAAUUGAUAAUUGACUUAUUCUUUAGAAAUACCAUUAAAGAAACUGUAUUUUUGUUCAUGGAGCAUGUUGGCUCAAACAUCUGCCUGGAUCAGUUUUUUUUUUUGUUUGUUUGUUUGUUUUUUUCUUUUUGUUUUUUACUUGAUGUUUAAGUAUUUUACCAGCAGAGGGCAUGAAAGCUCAUAACCACAGCUUAGUUAUCUGUAUUAUUAAAGAUCUGAUGAGUGCUGGGAAAGAUAUUUACAUUUUUAAAUUUCAUUUUAGUUUUUCAUGUAGGUUUCUGGGCAUGGAAACAAAUUUAACAGUAAUGGACAACCUGGACAUAAAUGAGUCCCAUAAAGUAAAAAAUUAUCAUAUUUCUUUCUUCUUGUUAUUUGUUUUUUGUAACAAAGCCAAAAUGUCAUGGUGCCAAAACAUUCCUGGAUUGCUUAAUAGUUAAAGAUAAUAUUCAUAAAGCAGAUGCAGCAGCCAGUGGUAGUGUAAAGAAACUGCAGAGAUGAAAUAGUUUGAUACAUAUUUUUGCAAUUUGAUUAGCCUAAUGAUGUGCUGAAGGACUUGAAAAUAUGUAUAUCAUGCUGUGGUUAAAAUGACUGAAUCCCCUUAAUGUGUUAUAAUGCAGAUUCUUAAUAUGUGUGUAUAUGCACGCAUUUGCUGUGUGUUAUGAUCAGAAUAUUUUUAAUUAUUUCUACAAGUAUAUGAUAUGAUUUUGUUGUUUUUUGACAAUUAUGGGUAACCUAUUUUUGAGUGAAAACGUAUUUCUCUGAAAAAUAAAGUAUUUAAGUUUGCAUAUGA